GCCAGGCUCGAGGCGCGGCGGGCGAUGGACGCAGACGGAGGCGGUGAAGCGCGUGCCGGGCUGGGGCUGUCCUCCCGCUUCCGCGGCGCUCUGGGAGCCUGCGGCCUGCAGGACAUCAGCGGCGACGGCGGGGUGCGCAAGGAGCUACUGCGCCACGGCACCGGGCAGCCCGUGCCCCCGGCCGCCACCGUGGCGGUGAAGUACUCCGGGUACCUGGAGCAUAUGGAGAAGCCCUUCUGCACAAACUGCACCAAGAAGCUCCCAAGGCUGAUGAAGCUCGGAGAAGACAUUACACUGGAGGGUCUGGAAAUUGGCCUGCUCACGAUGAGGAAGGGAGAGGUGGCAAGAUUUAUCUUCACACCAAAUUACGCCUAUGGCCAGCAGGGCUGCCUUCCUCUGAUUCCCCCAAAUGCCAUGGUCUUAUUUGAAGUGGAGUUGAUAGACUUCCUAGACUCUGCUGACUCCGACACAUUCUUUGCGUUGACUGCUGAGCAGCAGGAUACAUUUCCGCUACAAAAGAUCUUGAAAGUGGCAGAUGUGGAGAGAGAGUUUGGAAAUUAUCUCUUCCGUAAGCAGUGCUUUGAGGGUGCCAAAGACAGAUACAAAAGGGCAUACUCCAUCCUUGGUCGCAGCCCUUCCAGUGAGGCAGAGCAGUGUCAGAUUGAUGCUUCCAAGUUGCUGGUGCUCCUGAAUCUCUCAGUUACCUAUCUGAAGCUGGAAUGUCCUGCCCGAGCUCUGAUGUAUGGGGAAAAAGCCUUAGAGAUUGACAAAAGAAACGUCAAGGCACUGUUCAGGUGUGGCCAGGCUUGUCUCUGGAUGACAGAAUAUGAAAAAGCUCGGGAUUUCCUGGUCAGAGCACAGCGUAUAGAGCCAUUUAACCACGAUAUUAACAACGAACUGAAGAAGUUGGCAAGCUGCUACAAAGACUACUUGGACAAGGAGAAAGAAACAUGCUGCCGAAUGCUUGCCGCUCUCAACUCUUCGUGAGCAGAAGUAAAGGACUUCUUCAGCUGAUGAAAGGAAAGGUCCGUGGGCAAAAAGGAGACCUACCCCUGGGCACAUGAAGAUUUUGGCAUUGGAUCUGUGUUUUGGGAGAAGCGUAAUGUGGAGGUCCUCUUGGUGUGUUUUCCUGAAUUUCGUUUGUUUAGCGUGUUCUAGGACUGUUUCUAGAAGAACCAAGUCCUGUCUUCUUCCUUGAACAUUCCCUGAAGAAUACUUUCUUGAUAUCCUACCUUUUGCAGAUUAUGGGCUGCUUUUAGGGAAUCUGAAAAUACAAGUAGGAUGCCAUGAAGUUUUGUGUUGCUCAUACAGAUUGUUCUUUAAAAGGUUAUGUUUAAUGUUGUUUUUGUUCUGAGAAAAUAAACCAAUCUGAGAACUAGUGCUGGCAGAA